CUGUCCGCAGUCUGGCGAACCCUCAGCUGGCCCUGCACUAGUUUUUGACAACAACGUCUCUGUCGACAAUGUUCACGUCUUGACUGGUGGCCCCAACACUGCCAUAAGUUACUAUUAGUCCGUCGCCUCUUUAUUAUUUGAAGUUAAACAUCAUGGAGCCGUCUGCGCCCAAAAGCAAGCUGAAAAAGCUGAGUGAGGACAGCUUGACCAAACAGCCAGAGGAAGUGUUUGAUGUUUUAGAGAAACUCGGUGAAGGUUCCUAUGGCAGCGUGUUCAAAGCUAUCCAUAAGGAGUCAGGCCAGGUGGUGGCCAUCAAGCAGGUUCCUGUGGAGUCUGAUCUGCAGGAGAUCAUCAAGGAGAUUUCCAUCAUGCAACAAUGUGACAGCCCUUAUGUAGUGAAAUACUAUGGCAGCUACUUCAAGAACACUGACCUGUGGAUUGUCAUGGAGUACUGUGGAGCCGGCUCUGUGUCUGACAUCAUCAGACUGCGCAACAAGACGUUGACAGAGGAUGAGAUUGCCACUAUCCUGAAGUCAACGCUGAAGGGUCUUGAAUAUCUUCACUUCAUGAGGAAGAUCCAUCGGGACAUCAAGGCCGGAAACAUCCUCCUCAACACAGAGGGACACGCCAAACUGGCAGACUUCGGAGUUGCUGGACAGCUUACGGACACUAUGGCAAAGAGGAACACUGUGAUCGGAACUCCCUUCUGGAUGGCCCCAGAGGUGAUCCAGGAGAUCGGCUACAACUGUGUGGCUGACAUCUGGUCCCUGGGCAUCACGUCCAUAGAGAUGGCAGAGGGCAAACCUCCCUACGCUGACAUCCAUCCCAUGAGAGCGAUCUUCAUGAUCCCCACCAACCCCCCUCCAACAUUCAGGAAGCCGGAGCUUUGGUCAGACGACUUCACAGACUUUGUCAAGAAGUGUCUGGUCAAGAAUCCAGAGCAGAGAGCGACCGCCACGCAGCUCCUACAGCACCCAUUCAUCAACCAAGCCAAGCCGGUCACUAUCCUGAGAGACCUGAUCACUGAGGCCAUGGAGAUGAAAGCCAAGAGGCAGCAGGAGCAGCAGAGAGAGCUUGAGGAGGAGGACGACAACUCUGAGGAGGAGACAGAGGUGGACUCUCACACUAUGGUGAAGUCAGGCUCAGAGGGUGCAGGAACCAUGCGGGCCACCAGCACCAUGAGCGACGGGGCACAGACCAUGAUUGAACACGGCAGCACCAUGCUGGAAUCAGACCUCGGCACCAUGGUCAUCAACAGUGACGAUGAUGAAGAGGAGGAGGAAGACCAGGGAUCCAUGAGGAGACACGCCACCCCUCAGCAGCCAAUACGUCCGUCCUUCAUGGACUAUUUUGACAAGCAGGACUCCAACAAGGCAGCCCAACAGCAGGAGAACUACAACCACAACCAGCCGCAGGAGCAGCCGGGCUACCACAUCCAGUCCAAGAACGUCUUCCCCGACAACUGGAAGGUGCCCCAAGACGGAGACUUUGACUUUCUGAAGAACCUGGACUUUGAGGAGCUGCAGCUGCGUCUGACUGCCUUGGAUCCCAUGAUGGAGCGUGAGAUUGAGGAGCUCAGGCAGCGCUACACCGCCAAGAGGCAGCCCAUCCUGGAUGCCAUGGAUGCCAAGAAGAGACGACAACAGAACUUCUGAGUGCCUCUCGCUCUAGUCUUGGCUUCUCAAAGCCACAAUCAUCACAAAACUUACAUCCCAUUGACUCAGAGGAAAUAAGAUGACCGUAUUAUCUCUGUUGGAAGCUCACUGCUGUUAGAAUCACUACUAACUGUCCUCUAAAUGAAGUUAGAUGCCUCUUUUACAUCCAUUUUGGCUCCUGGGAUCUACACUCGUCUGCCUUGUUUCUACAUCUGUCCAGAUGCUGUUCCAUUGUUCUUAGUCUUAUAUUUGUUUCUACAGUUCCUGUAAAGUUGCUUUCCCAUGAAUGAUACUCAGGACUGCAGCCAAAGAGAGAUCUAAGGCUUGGCUAUUAUACGUCUGAAAGUCACAACAUGAGUAGAAUCCCCAUCAACACAUAAGGAAGCCUGUCCUCUGGCAGUAGCAGCAGAAUAAUCACAGAGUUGUCUUUUUUCCUCAGACAUUUCACUUUCAGUGUAAAUAUAAUACAGAGCCUAGUUUGGAAAUACCUGAAACAAAAAGCUGUGGAAGCUUGUCCAUGACCAAAGACAAUCAAGAGGAUGUUGAUAGUUGAGAAUGCCUUAAAAUAAUUGAAACCUGGUUUUAACGAUGUAAUAAAACAACCAAGUCGUCAGGUGGUUAAAUCCAUUUCCUCACUAGGAGAUGAGUCGGAAGUGGACUGUGGAAAGUUGUAAGGAUGGAGAAAAAGUAUGGAAAUCGUGUGGGUGGUGAAGAGUGGAUCAUGCAUGUUUUCAUGGUGGACCAGAAAAUGCUAAACUUUUUCAUUAGUCUUAAUUAUCAUUUAUUUAAUUAUGUUGUUUUUGGGCUUCUUUUAAACAUCCAGUGUACUGUCCAUUUAUUGCAUCUUGGUGCCUCAUAACUCACCUGAACCACUUACCCAACAAUAUUCAUGAAUUUAAAGUCAGAGCUUUUACUUCACACGAUGAUCCACUUUACUCAAACGAAUACCAGAGAUGGCACCAAAAUUCAUUCCGAAGUUAAAAAAAAAUGUUAAGCGAAUGCAUUCCAAAAUACUGCAUGACUUUUCUUUUAAUGUCCGUGGAGUCUUUAAGGAAAUCCUGCAGAUUUAUCAAAGGUUGUAAUAAUAACAUGUAAAAUGAUGUUUUCUGUAAUCGUUCCGCACCAUGAUUGAUUAACUUCAGAUUCCACUUUCUAAAAUAUUUCGACAAUAUGUGGAGCCGUCUCAUAUGCAAAGCAUCAGUGAAGAGAAACGUAGUAGCUGAUAAACUGUUUUAUGGUUGUAGUCAAAGAAAAAAACAUAUCAGGUUGAGAUAAAAACUCAAGUGGCUGAGUGGCUGAUAACUGGUCGUUGGCUGAUUUCAGAUUCUCAGCUCUCGCAUAUCGUCGUCAUUGGCCUCCAUGUCAGUUGGAUUUUAUAUCACAAUUUGAAAUGUUUAAUGGAAAUCUCUUUGUACUCUACAUGAGGGAAACAAACUGCGCUGUUCUGGUUGUAGUUUAGUUUUGACAUUUUGAUUUUACACAUGCUAAUGAUGACCCUUUGAAUGCAUUUUUAAUCUGAAUACAUGUACAAUAUGUCUGCAGGUCGCUGUUACAUACAAAUGUUAAUAUGCAGUCUUGAUGGUUCAGCACAUACUUACUGCAUAUAUCAACAUUUUGGUAAUCCCAUGAUCUUAUGAAUAGACCUGUUAUCUUAUAGAUCUGAUGGACAAUGUGGCCAAAAUGAGCUGACACUUUGAAACACCUGAAUACAAUUGUUUUUUUUCUCUUUGUUUUUUUUUUGUUUUUAAACCUGUUCUUUCACAGAAAUCAUUGACAUUUUUGUCAUUAAGUCUGCUAUGCAUUAGCAACUCACACACAAGCAUUCACAAUUUAUUUAUUAAAUGUGUUUAAAACUUUUUUUUUAAUUUUGUGACACUGGUUAAAAUACGGACGCUGUUAUGGCUGUUUAUAUUUCUGCCCUUUGUCAAAUAUAUGUGGCUUGAUUUCUGCGUGUUUAAGACUAUGCAUGUUUAUAGUUUUGCUUGCUAUUUAGUGGAAUGCUACUAGAUCCACAUGUGAGAGCAAUGCUAAUAUGGAAGCUCGAUUUUCAGCUUUAACAGAAACUAUUUGCUCUGUACAAUUUUAAAAAGACCCAUCUGAAAUAUGACAUUGUGGAGAAUCUGCCAUAAUAUGUGUAGUUAUGUGAAAUCACACUUCAAUAUAAAUAUAGCUAUAUGAUUAAAUUUGUUUUCAUUUAUUUCUCUGUUAUUUCCACAAUAUAAUGACUUGAGAGUGAAGAGUGGAAUGUAAGCAUUUUAUGUUUGAACCACCUAAUUUAUUAUCUUUUGUUUGUAAUACUUUUCUUUGAACAGGUGCAAGAAAUAAUAAAAGUUACUUAUAGAUAAUCA